AUGAGGAGAAAUAAACCAGGAACUCGCUAAGCCGACUUAUGGGCUUGGGAUAUUGAAGACGUUUCUAACAUGCAAGGCCCUUUAGCGGUUUAAGAAUAUAUUUAAGAGCUUAUCCGUAAUGACCCUUCUAAUGUACAAAAAAUUUGUGAACCUCCAAAAGACGUAGAUAUUAAUGUUUGGUAGUAUGAACACUUAAGGCAAUUUAUCUUAGAGUUAAAUCUGCUAGCUACUUAAUUAAAAGGUGUGUGUACAAGUUAAACUUGUCCAAAAAUGAAAGCUGCUGAUGAUUGGUUAUAUUUGUGUGCAGCACAUAAGACGCCUUAAGAGUGCUCAGCUAUUGAUUACAUGAUACAUAAUUUAGACUAAUCAACAUCAAUUUUAUAAAACAUAAAAAAUUACAAUAGUAGAGUAUCUAUCCCGUAAAGCGCUGUAAAAAAUUUAGCACCUAUAGUUAGAAGAUUAUAUAGAUUAUUUACUCACACCUACUAUAAUCACAGAUAAGCUUUUUUAGAUUUUGAAAAAGAAAUGUAUCUUUGCAGUAGAUUUACAGAAUAUGCCCUUAAAUUUGAUAUGAUGGCUCCAAAGUUGCUAACAAUUCCUUAGAGUGAGUUAAAUAUUAAAGAAAACAAUUGA